AUGCGCCUCCCCUACGCGCCCGCCUCUCCCCCCACCUCCCCCUCGCCCUCGAACCCCGACCCCGCCGCAACGGCAGCCAUCUACUCGCGCAUCGCCGCGCGGCGGCACCCGCGCCCGCUGAUCCCGCUCGACCGCGCCCUGCUGCACAGCCCGCCGGUGGCCGACGGCUGGAACGGCUUCCUCGGCGCGAUCCGCACGCAGACGGUCGUCGACGCGGGCGCGCUCGAGCUGGCCGUCAGCCGCGUGGGCGCGCUGACGGACGCGGCGUGGGAGUGGCGGGCGCACGCGGCGCUGGCGGCGGCGGCGGGCGUGGGGCGCGACGUGCUGGCGUGGCUGCUGCGGAAGGAGCCCGUCGCGGAGCUGGAGCGGAGGGGGGAGGAGGUGCGCGGGCUGGGGGAGAGGGAGAAGGCGGUGGUGCGGUAUGCGGACGCGAUGACGUUGGAGGUGAGGGUCGGGGAGGAGGUGUUUGAGGGGUUGAGGGCGUGGUUUGGGGAGAGGGAGGUGGUCGAGCUGACGACGGCGGUGGCGGCGUAUAAUUGCGUGAGCAGGUUCCUUGUCGCGCUGGAUGUGGGGGAGAUGAAUGGGACGGAGUUGGUGGUGCCGCCGGAGGCGGAGUAG